AUGAACAUAAAAGACCCAAAUGAGUUUAAUUUUAGACAGAAGGGAAACAAUAAUGCCAAUGAAAUGGACUCUAAAGAAUUAAAUCAGAAAGUGGAGAGCCAGAAAAGAAUCGUUGAGGAGCAGAGAAGAGGCGCAUUAAGAGCAAUAUUAGAAAAUAAUGCGAUAGAAAGAUUAAAUAGAAUCGCAUUAGUUAAACCUGAAAAGGUUGUUCAAAUUGAAGACUAUAUAUUACGCACUGCACGAAAUCAAGGGUUUUCUCCUUAUAGAAAAAUGCAAGAGAAAGAGCUUGUAGAUAUGAUUUCAAUAAUGAAUGAAAUUACGGAGAAAAAUAACUCAAAAAUAAAGAUUUAUAGGAAAGGAGUUUUCGAUGAUGAAGAUGAAGAAUUUUAUUCCUGA